AUGAAAUAUUUAUAUUUAUAUUUAUGUAUUUUUAUUUUUAUUAUUUUUAAGUUUGUGUUUGUUGAUGGUUCCGAGUUGAAAAAAAAUAAGUUUUUUCCAAAUUUACCAGUCGAUGAAUAUCAAGUAAUUAUUAAAGCAAUCAUAAUUUGUAAUUUACCAGAUGAUAAUUUGAUAAAUAAUUUAUAUUUGAGUAAAACAUCUAGUAACACAACUGAACUAAGAGGAAAUAUCACACUAAAAAAACCAUUAGAUGAUAAUUUAAAAGUGCAUAUGAAUAUGGCUGUUAAAGACUCAGUCGGAGGCUGGAAAAACAAUGCUCAUUUAAUAAGAUUUCAAAAGGCUUGCUCUCAAUUAAAGAAUAUUUUAGGAGAAGAGUGGCGAGUAUACUUGAAAUCUUUUGGAAUUAAUAGCUUUGAUUGUCCAAUUGUCCCGGGAUUUUACGUGUCAAAAGGCUACGAUCUUACCAAUGCUAUAAACCGUUCCAAUUUUCCAAAAAAUUUUUUUUAUGGAACUUACAAAACUAGUUUUCAUUUUACAGAUAAAUUUAAUGAAAAAUUCAGUUGUAUAACUUUUGUUAUAGAAGUAAAACGUCUAUGGGAAACAGAAUAA